AUGAGAAGCCAACGAGAUCAAGACUCCAGGGCUUUCUACGAUCUCUCGGCUCUUGUCCUGAGCCUCCUCCGCUCUCCGCCGAUGCCGAUUUCUCUCCCCGAUCACUUCCUGGAUUCGCCGAUGAUGAGGAGUCGGUCGCCUUCGAUGGCUCAUAUAUCUCCCUCGGGGUUCGCGUCGCUGCUGCUGGGUAUAUCGGUGGCUCUGAUGCUAUGUGGAUCCGUGACUUUCUUCAUCGGCUUCCUCUUGUUGCCUUGGGUUCUGGCUCUCAUCGUGGUUCUUUAUGUCGCCGGGAUCGUCUCCGCCAUUUCCAUGGCUGGGAGGUCGAUCCUCUCUUACGUCUUGACGCCGCCGCCUUCUUUUUCAUCGAGGAAGGGCAUUUCUGAAUGGAAGCUGUUGUGA